GGUUUAUCCUCCCACUUUGCUCGUCCCCGCCAAUUCGAUGAUCCCCAAACCUGCAUGCGUUGCUCACCGCCUCUUCGCACUUCCACUCGACCUCAACCCAAAGGUCGGCACUCUCGAUUGUGCUCGCCUUGAGGCGGUCACCCUUCGUAUCUCUUCUCCUCAGGUUUCUCUCCGUGUCCUCCUCUCGUCAGCUUCCAUUCUGUCUUGCUUCACGAGGCCAGCAAGACGACCUUCCUUCUCGAGACGCCUUUCCUCCUCUCAGCACACUCCUCCCACGAGUGCUGACUGUCUGACAAAUCCUCCAGUAUGGCGGGCAAUAUCGCCUUGACAAGCGAAGACCUGGCUUAUGACCUCGACGCAAGAAGUGCUUCCUACCUGCAAACUCAGGCAUGGCCGAUGCAGAUGCAUCAAGUAGCUGCAGCGAGGCCGGACUCGAGAAGGCACAUUUCUCCCAUACAGACCAACCAUCAUGGACUGCGGCAGACAACAAUGGCAGAGCACCCUAUGCUCGAGACGUGGAGGAUUCAACAGCAGCAGGCGCAACAACACCAACACAAUGUCGACUACUCAUGUCAACAGGCUCAAUACCAGUUACAUUAUGACACACACUUCCACGGUCUCCCUGUACAUCCUGCCCAGUUAGCCAUGAUGCCAGUCUCGCAGGCUCCCCUCACGUCGGCUCUUCCAGUUGACCAGUCUUACCUCCCUCUUGGAACAGGCAUUGAAGGUAUGCCACACAACUGGGCAGACUUUCAGAGUGAGUUGGUAAACUAUACGACUACGGAUGUGGGACUUGCUGUUUCGCCAUACCAGCAAAUGACCAAUUCACCAACCGGAUCACAUCUAGAGGUGCUGUCGCAGCCCAGUUCAUGUGACGAGCACGGAUGGACCUUUAUAGAGCCUCGUGCUUCCUUCGAAUCUUACGAACGGCAAUACUUCGUCGACCCCAACCAAACCGUCCAUAAUCGAACCCUAUCUGAAUCAUCAUACUCGGACCUCGAUGUCAAGAAUAACGGCACUUUCCUCUCGAACCUCGAUAUCGGCCACUCUCAAGCUGUCUACUCGCCAACUAGCCUAUCUGAUAGUGACUAUGAGUAUAUGGGACACACCCAUCGCCUGUCGAUCGACCAGGGUUCGGCUCCCUCCACGAACAUCAAUCCUGCGGCACUCGUCCGCCCGAUCCCAAUCCCUCAGCCCAAGUCUUCGGCCCCGUCUAUACGAUCGCCUAGUUCUCAAGGGUCAGCCGGGUCGCCGGGUCGCAGAGCUUCAAAGAAGAGCCCCAUUGCCGCUAAGUCGACCGACAAGGUUAUGAAGAAAUCUGCACAGGGAGGAAAGGUCGAAGGAGAGAAGCGUGUUGGACGGAGAAAGGGACCUCUUCGACCAGAGCAACGGAAACAAGCUAGUGAGAUCCGGAAGCUGAGAGCAUGCUUGCGAUGUAAGUUCUUGAAGAAGACUUGUGACAAAGGAGAACCCUGUGCUGGGUGUCAGCCAUCUCAUGCUCGUCUGUGGCAAGUCCCAUGCACGCGAAUCGACAUCAAAGAAAUUGGAUACUUCUUGAAGGACUGGAAAUUCGACUACGAGCGUCAUGUCACGCUUGGUUUCUCCGUGGGCAACAUCAAGGGAUUUUCGGACACGGAAAAGACCUUGUUCAUCACCCAUGGUUAUGGACAUAUGCUGCCGGUCACUGCUCGUGAGGUGUACGUGAGGGAUGAAACAUGUCUGAAGCUGGACUGGAUCGAGGCCAAAUCCAUCACCACUGAAGGCUUCGAGGUUCCCACGGCCAAGCUCUCAGCCGGCAUGGAGGGUAUAUCGACGACGAUGCUGAGCGAUUAUCUUGACCGCCACAUCGAUGGCACUGGCACCUUUGAGAAAUUCGUUGACGACUACUUCGAGGGCACCCCUUUUCUGUCACAAAUGCUCAAGACGGCCUUCCGAUUUUACUUCAAAACGGGAUCCACCAUCAUCAAGAAGGCCCUCAAGCUGAUGCUUGCGUACAACCUGACGCUUCACAUCACAAUGGUUGAGGGUGUUCCCGCCGAGGAAUCUUUGGUUGGGAAGAUCGAAGAGCAAAGCUCCAAAUUCUACGGCAAAACAAUGGCACCGGUUAUGAUUAACUUUCAAAUCAAAUGCGCCAUGGCCGAUAUGUGGCGUGAGCUCCACAAGGAUGUCCUUGAAGAGCUGUCGAGCCUCUACUCGAGCGUGUAUAGUGGUGACAAACUCAAGAACUGGCCCACCAUCUUCAUCCUGGCUUCGGUAUUGUUGGCAGUCUGGGAGUGCAUGCAGUUCGACUGCCACUAUCGUGUUCCCAAUCCUUCAUCUGUGGACAAGUUCUGCACCGACAUGGAGACCACUCCGGUUGGCGUCGUCGUCGGACUUUUCCAGGCCAUCUCUCAGAAGCUUCCUUCAUUCCUGGAGUGGGAUACUAGCAAACACCACACCCUGUUGGCGUCGAACCCUGACGUGUGCGGUACGAUGACCGAAGUUCGGGAACAUGUUACGAGAUAUGAAAACUACCUUCGCGGGCGACCGAACGCGAAAUUCGACCGCAAAGAUUUCGACUCGCUAUCAAACAAAUUUCUGGCGAAACUCGUCAUCCGAGCAAAUUGAUCUUUACGCCCUGAUGAAAACUAGACUUGCAGAUUUUGACGAGCGACCUGAGAUGUCUUGACGAUAACACUCACUGAUGUUUAUGUCUCCUUUGACGAGACAGCUGACUGGGAUGAUUGAUGAAUGCCCUAUACGACAUUAACGACGACUGGAGAUCCUCCUCUAGCAUAAAUCUGAUAGCGACAUGCUUGCAUUUUCUUCUUCUCAUUUGUUGUCAUGAGCAUGAUCGUAUGAAAAGGUGUCUGGGGAGGCGACUCCAGGACUUUUGGUGAGGCAAUGAAGCACAAUUGAGCAUUUCAUUGCAAGCAUGGCCUCGGGGAAUACUGUCAUGCACUAUUAUCUUGUUGAGGGUGGUUGUAUGUCCACGAACAAAAUUGUUUGGCACAUAUCAGAUACAAAGAUAGCAUUCCAAUAACAACAUGACGGUACUAUGUACGUGU